GUGCUUCCGGUCGCCAUCUUGUCGUCUAGCCGCGCAGGAAAGCGGGACAACGCAGUGGCAAAACAGACCGACCUCUUUCUCUUUUAAUUCCUAACCUUUCUAUUAGGAGAUGUCAAAACGACAUCGCUUGGAUUUAGGCGACGAUUAUUCGUCGAGCAAAAAGAGAUCGUCUGACGGUAAGGACCGUGACAGAGAUCGUGACGAGCGAUCGAAGGAUCGUGACCGUGACCGUGACAGAGACCGUGAUCGGGACAGAGAGAGAGACAGCAAGAGUUCCAGCGUGUCCCUCAGCUCCAGCGUGUCCCUGAGCUCCAGUGUGUCCAGCGGUGUAGGGAUGAUCCCUCUGAAGCAGACGGCCAUGCAGCAGCAGAUCAACCCCUUCACCAACCUGCCUCACACCCCACGCUUCUACGAGAUCCUCAAGAAGAGGCUGCAGUUGCCCGUUUGGGAAUAUAAAGAACGCUUUAAUGAUAUCCUCAACCGUCAUCAGAGCUUUGUGCUGGUUGGAGAGACAGGCUCUGGAAAAACUACACAGAUCCCUCAGUGGUGUGUAGACAUGGUGAAGGUCCUUCCCGGGCCAAAGCGCGGGGUCGCUUGUACUCAGCCACGUAGGGUGGCAGCCAUGAGUGUGGCCCAAAGAGUGGCAGAUGAAAUGGACGUCAUGCUGGGACAGGAAGUUGGAUACUCUAUCAGAUUUGAGGACUGUAGCUCUGCAAAGACCAUACUGAAAUACAUGACAGAUGGUAUGUUACUUCGUGAGGCUAUGAACGACCCGUUGCUGGAGCGUUACGGCGUCAUUAUUCUCGAUGAGGCUCACGAGCGCACGCUAGCCACAGACAUUCUGAUGGGUGUACUGAAAGAGGUGGUGCGUCAGAGGUCAGACCUUAAGGUCAUCGUCAUGAGCGCCACCCUGGAUGCUGGAAAAUUCCAGGUUUAUUUCGACAGCUGCCCCUUGCUCACUAUUCCUGGCCGGACGCAUCCCGUGGAGAUCUUCUACACGCCCGAGCCGGAGAGGGACUACCUGGAGGCGUCAAUUCGCACAGUCAUACAGAUCCACAUGUGUGAGGAAGACGAGGGGGAUGUACUGCUCUUCCUUACCGGACAGGAGGAAAUCGAUGAAGCCUGCAAACGAAUCAAACGUGAGAUUGACGACCUGGGCCCUGACGUUGGAGACAUCAAAAUCAUCCCACUGUACUCCACCCUGCCACCACAACAACAGCAGAGGAUCUUUGAGCCGCCUCCACCUCGCAAACCAAGCGGAGCCAUCGGCAGAAAGGUCGUGGUUUCUACAAACAUAGCUGAGACGUCCCUGACCAUCGACGGUGUUGUGUUUGUAAUUGAUCCUGGCUUUGCCAAGCAAAAGGUGUAUAACCCGCGCAUUCGAGUGGAGUCGCUUCUGGUAACGGCUAUAAGUAAGGCUUCAGCCCAGCAGAGAGCAGGCCGUGCCGGACGUACGCGCCCUGGCAAGUGUUUUCGGCUGUACACUGAGAAAGCCUACAAGACUGAGAUGCAGGAUAACACGUACCCUGAGAUUCUCCGGUCCAAUUUGGGCUCUGUGGUGCUACAGCUGAAAAAGCUGGGGAUUGAUGAUCUGGUGCACUUUGACUUCAUGGACCCACCAGCUCCCGAGACGCUGAUGCGAGCCCUGGAGCUGUUGAACUAUCUGGCGGCGCUAAAUGACGACGGGGACCUGACGGAGCUGGGUUCCAUGAUGGCAGAGUUCCCUCUCGACCCCCAGCUGGCCAAGAUGGUCAUCGCCAGCUGCGAGUUCAACUGCUCCAACGAGAUCCUCUCCAUCACCGCAAUGUUAUCAGUCCCACAGUGCUUUGUGCGCCCAACCGAGGCUAAGAAGGCAGCGGACGAGUCCAAAAUGAGGUUCGCCCACAUCGAUGGGGACCACCUGACCUUGCUCAACGUCUACCACGCCUUCAAACAGAACCACGAGUCUGUGCAGUGGUGCUACGAUAACUUCGUCAACUACCGCUCGUUGAUGUCUGCCGAUAAUGUGCGGCAGCAGCUCUCGCGCAUCAUGGACCGCUUCAACCUGCCGCGUCGCAGCACGGAGUUCACCAGCCGAGAUUACUACAUCAACAUCCGCCGUGCUCUGGUCACCGGCUUUUUCAUGCAGGUUGCUCACCUGGAGCGCACGGGACACUAUCUAACGGUGAAGGACAACCAGGUGGUCCAGUUGCACCCUUCUACUGUACUGGACCAUAAGCCAGAGUGGGUUCUCUACAACGAGUUCGUGCUGACCACAAAGAACUACAUCCGCACCUGCACUGAUAUCAAACCCGAAUGGCUGGUGAAAAUCGCUCCACAGUACUAUGAAAUGGGCAACUUUCCUCAGUGUGAAGCUAAGAGGCAGUUGGAGCGCAUCGUCGCUAAACUUCAAACCAAGGAAUACUCUCAGUACUAAAGCGACUCGGUGGUAUAAGGACUAUAUACGUUUUGAAUUCAAUAUGUGCUUUGCAGUGCUGCUUCAAGCUCUGAAAAUUGUACAUUGUCACAUGUCCAUUCAUCUUUGGGUUCUUUCUUUUCUCUUUCGGUUUGUUGUCGUCGAGAUCUAAUUAUUUUUUUAUAAUAACCUUUUGCUCCCAUCCGCUCCAUGUGUUUGCAUCUGGUAGUAGCGUUUUGUUAAAUUGCGGCUUGUCACUAAGGAUCGGCUGGGAGCAAAUGCUUACGCCGAUACCACCAUCAACUGGUUUUGCAUGAAAGUUCAUGUGGAUGUUGACAUUCCUUAUUGAGAACUUACAGCUAUGAUAUUGAGUAGAACAGUCUAUGUUCUUUCUGUAAAUGAGCUUUUACUUCAAUAAAAAAAAACUUGAUUUCA